AUGAGGACCUACAACCUCAUCUUUGCUUCACUCUUGACUUCUUUCAUCCCACAAGUCCAGCUGCCCGAGCUCUCCUCCCAAGAUCCGCAACCGACACAAUGGUCUCUUCCUCAUCGAGUCACGGUCAAUGGCGAGAUUAAACCUUCCCGCCGCAACCUCGAACUCGAAGCGAAGCGACAGGCCAAGCAGAUCCCAUUCGCGUUCUGCCCAGAAUUUUUCAAGGAAGAUCCAAAGCAGUGCUCCAUGUGCGGUGGCGACUCUAAGGUGAAGGGCACUUGCAACAAUCUGCUCGUAUCUGGUGAUCAGUCAUUCUGCCCUGGCGGGAAGCCAUGUCGCGGCUACUACUGCCAAUGCUCUGAUAACGGUGGCCCAGAUAACAGUCCAAAGGUUACUAUGACUUCGGUCGUUAAUGGCGAGACUGGAACUGUUGUCUGGGAGCCGAUGACACUUGACGAGUACAAGGGACUUCGAGCAUCGACCACUGUUAGUCUGACAGAGACUGCUACGGCCAGUGGCGCAAACGGAGGGCUUGAGACUGUAGCUGCCGUCGUGUUCGCUGGCGGUGUCGCAUGGUACCUUGCAUGUUCAAGAGAGGAUGACAACACAUGCAAAAACAACGGAAACAAGCCAGACUGCGAUGACUGCGGUGGCAACACUCCUUUGGGAUUGUGUUCGAAAGGAGACAAGCAGAACUGCCCAUGCGAGGAGCAAAACUGCCCCAAGGACGGCCCACCGAAAUGCUCUGCGCAAGACUGCUCCGGAAGCAAUGAAGGUUUGAAGUGCAACGCCAACGGCCAACUCAAAGGCUGCCAAUGCUGUCCCGCGGAAGCCCCCACGUGCGACGCCGACGACUGCAAAGGCGACGACAAGGACAAGUGUCAAGCCGACAAAUUCAAAGGCUGUGGCUGCGAAGCCCCUGAGUUCGACCGGCAGGAGCCCGAACCCGACGAGCCGUUUCCCGAAGUCCCCAGCUCGGACACGCUGCUGAAGCAGGCCAAGGAGUCGCUGGACAAAAUCUGGGGCGGCGACAAGAGCAAGGUGCCAGGAUAUAAGAAGGAGGACACGGGCCCGUAUUGUUUGUAUGGGUGA